AUGCUUUACCUUUCUGUUCGUACACCUCAAAGUAAACGACAAAAAUUGGCACGGUGAAAAUAAUUUUUCAGGUUAUUCUACGACACAUCUGUCACCUCGAAGGCUGCUUCACUAUCGAACACCGACCAUAAAUUGCCGAGAGAUCUUGUUGUAUUAUGUUCCCCUGCUAUUAAUUCCAACUUGAGUACAUGCGUACACGGUACAGGCUUAUCAUAUAUUAACAGCAUGUUAUUAUCAACACCAGCAGCUAAUCAACUAUACGGGGCAAUUAUCAUAUUUCCUAUGACACUCCUAUUGAUUUGUUGCUUUUUAAUCUUUCGUCGAGUGUCGUCGGAUCUGGCGCACGGAUUCGCUAUUAAUUCGAACAGUGAAAACGACACGUGGAAACACGAUCUAGAGCUGAGUCCCAGACACAGAAUUAAGGAUUCCAGUUACCUGCUGGACAGGUAUCCUAUAAGAGAAUUACCGACUGAUUCUUUGAAUUGCCACAGGCCCGCAAAAUGUGUAGAAAUGCAAAGGAGUACUUGUAUGGGUACGAGAUUGUCAUAUACCACUACUACAUUGGAUCUCAUACCUGAGCAUGUAACUCAAGAUAUUAUAGAGGAAAAAUUACAUGUAUUACAAGCAUUAAGACAUAUGCCAAAGUGUUGGGCAGUUGUUCAACCCCUCCUGUGCUCAAUAUUUAUGCCAAAAUGUAUCAACAACACAGUAGAUUUACCAUCACAAGAGAUGUGUAAAAUGGUUUCAGGGCCUUGUAGAAUUGUGUUCAAUCAUACAAUAUGGCCAAGUUUUGUCAAAUGUGAAAAUACAGACUUGUUCCCCAGAUUAUGCAAAAACGAUAUUAGAGAGUUAAAAUUUAAUAUCUCUGGUAAAUGUCUAAAGCCAUUGGUACCAACUGAUAAUGCACUUGCCAUUUUUGAAGGCGUUGAAAGUUGUGGAGUACAGUGCAACGAUCCGCUUUUCACACCAGAUGAACAUAAGCAAAUUCAUUCUUUCAUUGCCUGGGCUGCAGGCAUCUGUGGUUCAUUUAAUCUGUUCACUGUUAUAACAUUUUUGAUUGAUUGGAGAAGUGCAAAUAAAUAUCCAGCUUUAGUCAUAUUUUAUAUAAAUUGUUGUUUCAUGGUAUCCUGUAUUGGAUGGCUUGCUCAAUUUACAGGAAACCGAGAUGUGAUUGUGUGCAGAAAAGAUGGAACUUUAAGAAUGAGUGAACCAAGUGGAGAAAAUUUGUUAUGUGUCGUAGUAUUUGUUCUCGUAUAUUACUCCCUUAUGGCAGCUAUGGUGUGGUUUGUAAUCCUUACGUAUGCUUGGCAUAUGAGUUUUCAAGCAUUAGGCAAAAUUCAAGACAGAAUUGACAAGAAGGGUUCAUACUUCCAUUUAAUCGCUUGGUGUUUACCACUUGUGCUCACUGUCACAAUCAUGGCGUUGGGGGAAAUUGAUGGAAAUAGCGUUACUGGUAUAUGUUUCGUGGGUUACACUAAUCAUGCAGUCAGAGCUUGGUUUUUGCUUGGCCCUGUGUUGAUUGUUUUACUCGUUGGAGGUUACUUCUUAUGCAGAGGAUUAAUUACUUUGAUUCGACUAAAAAUAAGUAGUCAAGAAAUUAUAUCUGAAAGAGCAAGUUCUAAAAUACGAGAAACCAUCGUACGUAUGGGACUUUUUUCGAUUUUCACAUUCGCUGCAGUUGUGGUGACUUUUUAUUGUCACAUUUACGAGUUCCAACAUUCUGAGGAGUGGCGCCGAAGUUUUAGAAACUACAUGAUAUGUGCAAUAACAACAAAGUAUUUGGAUAUCUCUGAGUGUAAAAUGGAAGUACGACCAAGUGCAGCUAAAAUGCAAUUACAUUUGCUUUCACCAUUUUUCGCCGGUAUUCUUAUGUCUUCAUGGGUGUGGACUGGUUCAACAGUAGACACUUGGACCAGAUUUCUUAGACGAACUUUCAAUUGUGAAACAGAAGAGCCUAUUAGACUGAAGAAACAUAAAGUGAUCGCUCAAGCGUUUGCAAAACGAAAGACAUUCAAUAAUGCUGGACGAUUGUCCAUCAGCUUCCAUAAUACCCACGAGGACCCGGUCGGUUUGAACUUCGAUCUAAACUCCGUAGCUUCUCAAGAUUUCAGUUCAACGUGGGCAGCUGCCUUGCCGAAGUUGGUUACUCGCAGAGGUGCACUUGUCGGUGGUACAACAGGCUCUGUAUCGAGCAACAGAAGAAAUUCCGUAGAUUCUGAGAUCAGCUUUAGUGUACGUCGAGUAUCAGUGGAGUCGAGAAGGAACUCCUUGGACUCUCAAAUAUCAGUACAAAUAGCUGAACUAAAGACAACGCGAAAAGUCGCUAGCAGUUCACGUGGUCGUCGCGGGAAACGGCGACGGGACUUCGGGAAGUCUAGAUCAGGUAAAGUGGGUCCAUUGUUUAGAAGAGGCAGUACAACAUCGCAGGAAAGUCAACUCGGUGCACAGAUAUUAUCGGCAUUGACCAUAGGUGGCAAUUCGAGAGUACCAUCUAUUCAAGUGCCGAAUAUGAAGAGACGAUCGGCUAGCGCUGGCUUGGACGAACGAACCUUGAACCCUAAACUAUUCGAUGGAAAGAACGCGGGGAUGCUUCUUCCGUUUCUAUUUCCAGGGCAAAGCGGCAGCGAUGAAAAUUUAAGUAGCGAGGAGAAGCGGCAUCAAGGAAUAUCGGGAAAAGACGUGGAUAUCGAAGGUGGAAAUAUGGAGAAGGAUGAUCAAGAUCAAGACAGUGACAGUGAUGACAGUCAACCGGAAGAGGAGGCGAAGAUGUUAGAUCCCGAAGAACCUCACGAACGUAGCAAGAGCAAAAUUAGUAACAAGAGUUCGAAAAGUUAUAGUCACGAAAGUGAUAGAAGGAGCAGAGAAAGUCGUAAGAGUAAAUAUCUGCUCCAAGAUGAAACCAUUUUGAAACAUUUGCUCCAGGAGUCUAAUGAUAUUAAAUUGAAAAGCGAUGCGGAAAUAAAAGAGGUGUAUAGAAAAGCUGGAAUGGGAAAUCUGGCAUCUAGCUUAACCUUAUGUUGUCCUGAAUUGACAAGACUCAUACAAACCGAGGGUCAAACUGGCAAUGCUCGAGAAAUGGCAACGCAAACGUCGUUACCAUUGGACAUUCUAGAAAUGGAAGAAUUGAAACAAAGCAUAGACGAGAUUAUCAAUAGUCGGCAUUGUAGCUCAAAAGGAACACAGAUUUCACCGCAAUUGAAUAAGAAUAAAAAUAUCGUUACAGAUAUAACAAAAAAAUCGUUAACAAACCUUAUAUUCCUGGUACUAUCAUAUAUUUCUUUAUACACUAUAUAAAAAAUGAAAUGCCAAACUUGGAUUGUAGUUAA